AGAAGAAGCCUUAUUUUAAAAACAGUUUCAAAACAUGGUGAAAAUACGUAAAGCGAAAGGUAAAAUAUGGGCUAAAAGGCAGAGCUGCUCUUCAAAUCCAUCGAUCAGCUCACACCGAGAUGCUGCUAAACGUGGUUUUCGAGAAGAGGGUCAAGCUAGAUCGAAUCUCACCGUAGAAGCCAUUGCAAGACACAAUGAACACGAUGAUGACGAGGAUGUUAUCUUGGAUGAGGUUGAGACGACGGGAAAGUCCGAUGGCAAUUUCAGUAUCAGUGGUUUAACUGACUGCUCCAAUUCGACAUUUUCUAUUGUUUUGAAAAGGUUUUGGCAGUCACCCGGCGCUAACCAUAGAGAAAUUUGUGCAGUUUUGGCUGCUGUCACUGAGGUGAUAAGGAAAAAUAAUGGCAAAGAAACAGAGACAGAAUACUUUGCUGCCUUGAUGACUGCCCUAGAGAAGACUGAUGAUGAAAGUUCUUUGUCAGCUAUAUCAUUUCUUUUAUCAUUGGUGAUAAAAAGGGUUCCACGAUCAAUUUUGCAAGUAAAAUUUUCAGCAGUUUGUCAAGCAGUUCUGACCAUUUUGUCAGCCAAAGUAGAUUCUGCAUCCACAGCACUUUUGAAAAAUCUUCUCGCAUGUUUGUCAACAGCUCUAAAAGCACAAGAAGCCACAGUUUGGUCUAACUCGUCAACUUUGAAGUCUUUUCAAGGAUUACUGAGUUUUACAGUCCACUCAAAGCCCAAGGUGAGAAAGUGUGCACAAGAAUCUGUUGCUUCUAUAAUCAAUUACAAUGAUGAGAAUGCUGAGUUUCACCCUGCUUGUUUGACUGCAUCAAAAUUCUGUAUCCAAGAGCUGGAGCAAUACAAAGGCUCGUCACAAGCAAUUUCUGCUCUUCACAUCCUUGGUCUAUUGAAAAGCACAAUUUCAAACUUUUCCAGCCAGACAGUAAAAAUGAUUUGUGAGUCUUUGUUGAAGUUAAUGACCAUGGGGAAUAUUAUGCUGUCAAUGAACUGCAUGCAAGUACUUUACAGAUUGUUUCAAGAUAAGCCUUCUACUUCAACUUUGAAUGUCAAAUUAAAUGGACAGUUGAUUAAUGCUUUGUUUGACUACCAGCCAAAUGCAGUUGAUGAACAGCAAGCUGUUGCUUGGCUGACACUCAUGGAAAAAGCUUACAGUAACUUUCAAAGGCUUGAUCCCAGCUCGUGUGCUGACUCGUGUGUGAAACUUUUCGCUUCUUGCAUGACAUUUUUACUGUCACAUCAUUCUGUGGUCAAAAACACUGCUGGCACUACAAUGAAGUUUCUUCUACAAGAAUGUAUUUCACCGAUGUCACAACAACUCUGUUUGGGAUUAGAGAGUAAAGAUACAUCAGUCUCUCCUGUUUUGGCAAUACUGAAGUGUCUGGAGUCUGGUAUAAAACUGAGAUAUCAAGGAUCGUGGAGGAUAAUAAUUGAUGUUAUCAGUAAAUUUUUUGAAUUAUUUGGCAAACUGUGUCCGGAAAGGUUGACAAAAUGCUUGGUCUCCCUGUGUAAUUUACAUAACAGUCCAGGUAUUCAAUGUCGUCGAGAGCUGGAAAAGACGGUUGGAAUGGCAUUUCGAGUGAUGGGACCGAAAUUUGUCUUGCAAGUCGUUCCUUUGGAUUUGGACAAAGACGCAAAUAUUUGCGAGUUUCCUCGUAGCUGGCUGCUGCCCGUUAUGAGAGACCAUAUUCAAGAGACUGAAAUGAUUUUCUUUUUCAAAACAUUCCUACCUCUUGCCGAUUCUCUACGGGAAAAAGCGGAGAAACUCAAGGCAAACAAAAGUGAUCUGGAGGCUAAAGUCUUUACAACAUUAAGUUUGCAGAUUUGGGAUACUUUGCCAUCGUUUUGUACGAAACCGACCGAUUUACUGCAGAGUUUCAAGUCAGUAGCGAAAACCCUUGGGUCUUUAUUGAAUGAAAGAGAUGAUCUUCGAGGAAGAAUAUGUCAAGCUAUUCGGCUGCUUGUAUCAAGAAAUCUAGACAAUGAGGAGUACGUCAAAGAAUUGUCAAGAUAUGCAAAGAACUAUUUGCCGAUAUUGUUCAACCUUUAUACAGCGUGUGAGGAGAAAAACGAUUCAGUUUCCUUGCCUAUUUUGGGAACUUUAAAGACCUAUUUACAAAUCACGGACAAGAAGCUGGUUGAACAGUUUUUCAAAAAAGCCUUCGACAGAGUGAAAUCUACUGACACGCCCUCAGCUAAAAAGCAUAUGCUGAUGGACUUAAUCAUUGCAAUGGUUCAAUAUCUGAACGAUGAAGAUCUUGAAGUCUUGUAUGGGACAAUAGAACAAUGGCUUAAGGCUAAAGAUUCAAAACUUCAAAAGAAAUCGUACAGAAUUUUGGAAGAGAUUUGUUGUGCAGGAUCCGCUGAAGAAUACUUUCUUUCUCAUGUUGAGGACAUCCAAAAGGUCAUGGAGGAAAGUUUAAACGUGGCCUCGUCAGUUUCCAAAGCGCCCCGACUUCGUUGUUUAAUACAAAUUGUUAAGAAAGUACAGCCGGGACAAGAAAUGUUUCUCAAUACAAUUAUCCCAGAGGUCAUUCUCUCAACAAGAGAAGUCAACUCGAAGGCAAGGUCUGCAUCUUUAAAACUGUUGGUUCAAAUUGCUGAAACGUACAUUCGUUGCUCACAGCAAAGUACCGAAGCUUGUAUUGAUACAUUUUUGGGCACAUUAGUCGCUGGGUUUGGAGGCUCGCCAAACAUGGUCAGCGGUACUAUCAUCGCCAUGUCAAAAAUUCUAUAUGAAUACAAAGGUCGUUAUACAGCGAAAGUUUUGAAUCAGCUCAUUGAAACCACAACUAAUUUGUUACAAUCAAACAAGCGAGAAAUUGUGAAGUCAGCUCUCGGUUUCUUUAUGGUCGCCCUACGUGUUACAAGUUCUGAAGAAUUUUCACCCUACCUAAAAAACUUGGUCUCAGGUCUUGUAAAUUGGAGCGAUGAAAGCCGAAAUAAGUUUCGUUUCAAAGCUCAAGUGUUGUUCGAACGACUCAUUAGAAAAUACGGAUAUAAAGUCAUUUAUGAUUUGGUUCCAGAAGAACAUCGCAAAUUCGUACGCAAUAUACAUAAGCGAGUAGAAAGAGGAAAACGCAAGAAGGUGGAAGGUCAUAGCCACAGCGAGUUAUACAAACUGAAGGAAAAGAGCGGUCAUAUUGAUAGUUAUGAAGAUCUAAUGUUUGGGUCUGAUGAUGAUGAAGAUGAUGCUGAAAACGAUAAAUCUUCACUGCAUAAGAAUAAAAAUUUAAAGAAAAAGUCAAUCCCUAAAGCUUUUAUACAAGAGAGCGAACCUGACGAACCGUUGGAUUUACUCAGCUCCAACAUUUCUCAGCAUAUAACAGCAACGGCACCAUUGACGAGGCGCUCUAAAGAUUCUGGAUUUGAAUUAACCGAAGAUGGACGCUUGAUUAUUCCUGAUGAAAAUGAAACAAACACGAAGAAAUCUGAAAUUCCUUCAGGUUCGUCCAUUCUUCGUGAAGAUAUGGAAUUGGAACCUUCUUCGGUAUUGGCGGACAAACGGAAGAGAGUUGUAUCAGAUGAUGGAACAGAAGAAGCAGUAGUUGGUAAAAAGUCGAAAUUUAACGAAGAUUUUGGAGAAGAAUAUAGGGCCAAGAAAGCCGGUGGUGAUAUGAAGAAGAAAGGCAAACCAGAUCCUUAUGCUUACCUUCCUCUCAAUACAAAUGUCUUAAAUAAAAGGAAACGGGCGAAACUUACAGGACAGUUUAAAGGAAUUGUUAAAGGAGUGAAAAGAGGUUCUCAGAAAUCGAAGAAAUUUCAGAAAAGAAAAUAAACUCGCAUCUGUGUUUUAAAAUCGUAUGUGUUGGUUGGCUGGUGGUUCAAGUCCAACUAAGAAAUCAAUAAAUUAUUUCUACUAUAGUA